AUGAAAUUCUUAAUCCUUGGAGCGGUUUUGGCAUUGUCCAGCUUGGCUUCGGCUGGUAGUUUAUAUGGACAUGGUGCAGCCAACAGCUAUGCCACAGUAAUCAAACAUGAUGAUACUUAUGGUCAUGGCAGCCAUGGCUGGUCGGGACAUGGAGUCGCUGGUUAUGGCCACGAUGGAGCUGUUUAUGGCCAUGGUGGUGCCGGUUACGGUCAUGCUGGAUAUGGUUAUGAUCAUGGCGCAGAUUAUCACUCCUAUCCAAAAUAUACAUUUGAAUAUGGCGUUCAUGAUGAGCACACAGGUGACAUCAAGGAUCAAUGGGAACAUAGAGAUGGUGAUCACGUCAAAGGUAGAUACACGGUAAAGGAAGCUGAUGGUACUACCCGCGUAGUUGAUUACCAUGCCGAUGGCCAUAAUGGUUUCAAUGCUGUGGUCACGAAAUUGGGUCAUGCCUCUCAUCCCGAAAGUUAUCAUCAUCAUGGUGGCUGGGAAGGUGGUCACGGAUAUGGUCAUGGAUACGGUUAUGGCCAUGGCUAUGGUCAUGCCACUAGUUAUGCUAAAGUCAAUUUGCAUUAA